GGCGCUGUGUGCCGUGAGCUCCAUUCAUGUAGCGGGGAAGGGGGAGAGACUUAACCGGGGCGCAGAGAGACGGAGCGGCUUGUUUGUAACGGUGCACUCAGUGUAGGCCGUUACAAUCAGAACAGUAGGUCAGAUUUACGCACGGCUUUCCUCCGUGUUUUGCCACUUUCCUUCCACUUUUGAUGACAAACGCGCGGAGGCUUCGUUUCAUCUGCGAGGAGACACAAUUAAGGAGCUUUGAAGACUUUCUCAGAGUGACUUCUGAUCGCCGCAUAAGUGUUGGAAACCUACUUUGGACGUUUGGCUUUUACGCACGAAGGCUGAAAUCCGCCGGCGCACCUGGACGACGUCUUUUUUUUUAUGGGCAGAUAAGAAGUCAAGAAGCUAUAGACAAAUACCCACACACGAAUCUGCUGCUUGUGCCGUAAACAGGACGCAACCGGGAGGUUUAUAUUGCGGAUCGGGGAAGCUGGGUGUCUGUGGACGCACUGUGGCGCACAAAUGGUGUUUCUGUGGGACGCGAAAUACGACCCAGCCCCUGGCCGGCGUUACACCCCACCUUCAACUACCCUGGCCUCAGGGGGGAAGAUGGCCGAGGCUCUGCCUCUGGGCGCCCAGGAGGCCGGAGGUGGGGCGGCUCUGGUGGGCAAACUGCGCAUGGCCGACCGCGGCAUGGUGGAGGUGAUCUCAGACCACCCAGGGGAGCUGGUGAAGACGGACAGUCCCAAUUUCCUCUGCUCGGUGCUGCCCACACACUGGAGGUGUAACAAGACCUUGCCCAUUGCUUUCAAGGUGGUUGCCCUGGGCGACAUCCCUGACGGCACCCUGGUAACAGUGAUGGCGGGAAACGAUGAGAACUACUCGGCUGAGCUUCGCAACGCCACGGCCGCCAUCAAGAACCAAGUGGCCAGGUUCAACGACCUGCGCUUUGUUGGCCGCAGCGGAAGAGGGAAGAGCUUCACCCUCACCAUCACAGUGUUCACCAACCCUCCUCAGGUGGCCACAUACCAGAGAGCCAUUAAAAUCACAGUGGAUGGGCCCAGAGAGCCACGCCGUCAUCGUCAGAAGAUGGACGAGGUCAAACCCGGCUCGCUGGCUUUUUCCGAGAGGCUAACGGAGCUGGAGCAGCUGAGACGGAGCUCAAUGAGGGUGACACCUCCUCACCACCAUCACCAUCAACAUCCUGCCAACACCCGCCAAUCAGCAACACUCAACUCGGCUACCUUCUCUAGUCCCACACAUGCUCAGAUAACUGCCGACUCCAGACAGAUGCAGUCGUCUCCAUCUUGGUCCUACGACCAAUCGUACCCUUACCUUGGCCAGAUAACCACACCCUCCGUCCACACAGCCAAUCCCCUCUCGCCAGGUCGAUCUACGCUCGGUGACCUUUCCUCGCGACUCACAGGUCCUGACCUCACAGCCUUCGGCGACCCCAGGAUGACCUUAGAGCGACCUUUCACCUCCCUCCCCUCCUUGCCCGACUCCCGCUUCUCAGACCCCCGUGUCCACUAUCCUCCGACGGCGGGCGCCUUCACCUACGCCCCCUCACACAACGCCGUCUCCAACAGCGCCCUUGGAAUCACCAUGGCAACCGCCAUGGCAACCACUCCAGCGGGGAGGUACCACACCUAUCUGCCACCCCCCUACCCAGCAAACAACCCCCACCAGGCUCAGAACGGGCCCUUCCAGUCCACCUCCUCGCCGUAUCACCUGUACUACUCCACCGCUGCCGGCUCGUACCAGUUCUCCAUGAUGGCAGGGGGAGGAGGCAGCAGUGACUCCCGCUCCCCGCCGAGGAUCUUGCCACCAUGCACUAACGCCUCCACAGGCUCCUCCCUUCUUCACCCGUCUUUGCCCAAUCAGAAUGAAAUAGUGGGCGUGGAGGUGGAGUCGAGCCACAGUAGCUCCCCGACUAACAUGGCGGCUGCUGAAGCUGUCUGGAGACCUUACUGAACCGGCAUGGGUGGUUGAAGGCGACGACAGACAUCAGACAACACUGGACAGAUUAAUACACACCGAUCCAAAAGAUAUGAGGGGCCAUAAGUCGAUGUAACGUCAAAGAUAACGCUCAAACAUGGCGAGUUGGAAAUAAAGGAACAUUUUGCCCAGUGCCACAGUCACUGAGUGUUUCAAACAGCAAUGGCGGAAGACGAUUACCAGGCUGAAGAUACAUUUGAUACUUUUUGGUAGAUGCGUUCACUGUUGGUUUGAGUCUUCACAUGGGACCUUCGACAAUACUGACAGACUUAUCCUUCAAGGGACUCCCUGUAAGAUAGACGAACUCAAACUUGUACGUGUACCGUAUUGUAUAUUGCCCCUAGAUUUUCUUCUAGACUCAUCAGCAGUGAGCAUGGAGGAAACUCAGUGGUUGCGCCUCCCAGUGAGCGGCAGUAUUGGUCGUCACCUUCCCGAAGUAAUACUUGGGAAACUGCUUCCUAGGAAUUUUAUUUCUGGAGAAACUCCAUCCAGUAACGUAUGCCAUCUGACUAGACUGGCUGGCAGGUGCAUUGUUCAACAGGGUUUUUAAUAAAUGAAGGAACCAAAUAUGGACCGACGAACGGAAAGAAGCAGGGUAACAUUUUAGUUUUACACUGACAAAGUGCAUGCAGCAGCACCCGACUGAUCUCAACUCAGCUUCCUUUAUAAGACAAGACUUCUUCCUCUUCGAUCUUGUUAAUGUUUUUGUACAGAUGAUUUGCUUAUGCCUCAUAGUGUAACAGCCUGUUUGUGUUGACCUCUGUCAUUGUUUCUACUCAUUCUUGGUUGACUUUUUUGUUUUAGAAAAACUGAGCCUAUCAUCUCUGACUUUACAUUUGUUGAUAAUGGCAACCAUGGGGGGAUCAGUUUUCCAUUUGCUCACCACACUGACAAACCAGUGCCGCAUGGAGUUUUGUUAAAUGCUUUUAUUUAUUCCGACAAUAACAUUUUGUAGUAGCAUUUCAUGUGUGUGUGUGAGUGUGUGUGCGAUUCACUGUCAAUUUUUACUGUAUAUAAAUCUGGCUGUAAAUGACAACUGCGUUUGAUCACGUUUUCAUCGCCCCUUCCUCUCUCUCUCUCUCUCUCUCUCUCACACACACACACACACACAAUCAUUUUGUUUUGACAUUGUUGACAGUGCACAUUUAGAUUUGAUUUAGAUAAACGUCUUCGGGGA